CAGGCCAAUUUCCUGACUGCUUUUGCACCUUUCCCGAGUACAAGUACAUUUGCAAAAAUAAUAUUCAAGAACAAAUCUCUGUUUCGAGUUUGAAAAAUUUAGCAAGCACACAUUUAUAAUAUUUUUAACCUAAAACGUACUGAAUCAAGCGUUCCAUUUAAGAUAUAAUGUAUUUCAAAACCAAAUUCGUUUGUGGAUUGAUAACUUGUUAUUUCGUUUGUAUUUCAUCAAUGGUGACAAAAACAGAUUUAUCUUGUACACGACAUGGCCAUGUUUCCGCCAACCCGUCCAACUGUUCUUCAUUUUAUCAAUGUGACAAUGGAACCAUUUGGAUAAUCGCGUGCCAAAAAGGGCUCUACUUCAAUCCACGGUCCAGCAUGUGCGACAAACCGAGAAAUGUCGUUUCGAGUGCUACACGUGUUCAUAUUUUCAAACAUUUCCAAACUCUACGACACAGCUCAUGUGCUCAGACGCCACCGUUGCCAAGAUUCAGGAAAAAGGAGUGUUUCGGGUUCGGAAACCUUGAGGUCGAAGCCAGCAUCCGACAUUCCAUGGGGCAGGCACCUAAUCACAAUCAGGGCCCUCAGAUUGUGUCCUGUGUAACAUACACAGGUGAAUUGGAGGGUGACGGGGGUCUCGUAAUUUUGCGGGGAUGUGAACUUACACCAAGUGAAAUUCGAACCGAUGGGAAAGAAUGCAUUUCCAGAGGACUUAACAACUUUUUAUAUCCGAUCGUUGGGAAUGUAAGAGUCCUGGAGAAAUGUUAUUGUUCCGGAAAUGGUUGUAAUGGACAAGGGAAUUCGGCCAGGAAGCAAGUUGUCGGAUUUUUAACCUGGAUUUCUGGGUUUAUUAUGUAUUUUUAUUUUUAAACGAUUAGAAAGUAUUGGCAUUUCGUUUAAUGAGAACAUUUUUUUUUAUUAAAGAUUGUUAUUAAAUACAUAAGUAGACAGGCUACAUUUUUUGGUAAAUUUUGUACAUUAAUAUAUUUUUUAGAAUGUCAAAUUUUUUGUAUGGCUUGGGUCAAUAAAGUAUCAGGGUUUGUAAAUAUUUCCGCCGCUAUUUAAACAAGAAA